AUGGCAAGCGACAUAACUGGUAGUUGGUUUCCAGGAGGUUUUCAUGGUUACACAAAACUAACCCGUGCACGGAACGAUGUUAGUAUGGUAUAUCGGCAUUUGGCUAAACCUUUACCCCCUGCAAAAUUUAUGUGGAGAUCUGAGCAACCACCCACCAAACAUUGCUUUUCUCAUCAUGACAAUAGGCGAAUCUUUUUAUGUGAUGCUCAAUACUUAACUCAGGGUUUGGGAAAGAAAAAGCUGACUGGUCCCAAAACUCAUUCUCCAGAGAACCUGGUGGCAUGGAUGCCCGAUGAGGAAUACCUGAAGCGAACAGGGACUUUCAGGUCAACAUAUCAACGAACAUUUCGACAAGCAUCUCCAAAAGGCAAGUUCACACCUAAAUUUUUGCAGCGGAAUAUUCCAACAACCCCUUUCUAUGAUACUAACACAUCAGUAACAACUUACCAAUUGGAUCACAGUGGAGCAAGUUCUUACAAUCAAAUUCUGAAACCACACAUGUUCAAUACUUGUAUGAAGAUGAGACAGUGUUUACAAAUUGCACGUCCUCUGACAGCACCACCUACUUUCAAAGAAAGUGUUGCCUCUUGUUUGCAGUGGUCUGUUCCAUCUCCACCUCCAUCAUGGUCUCAGCAGAAGGAAACUUGUAACAAUUUAAGUCUUCCCUUAAACAUAAGUAGCCAUUAA